AUGUUUUCUCCCUCCAUGAACGAGGGCGGACCAGCCACCGCGACGCGAAGCAGAAGAAGGCAGCGACCGGCCAGUCACGAAAGCCUUGCCCAGCAACCCAAAGCCAAGCGCCAACGUCUGCCUCUGACGGAGCAGACCUUCGUCAAUCCUGAUGUGUCCACGCCCACGGGCCCCGAAAUGUACGAGGUCAAGUCAGACAAAGUUGCGACGCUCGACACACGCCAGGACGGCUUCGAAAACCAGAACCCCAUCACACCCACGCCGAGAAAAGAGCUCAGCGUGCGCGCAAAGAAGCCCAAAGCAGGCGACAGGCCAACCAAGGGAGAUGGAAGUGUUGUUUUGACGACGAACAACGCCUACACUGUGAGCAAAUUGCCUGCAUUGCCAGAUCGUCUCCGCGCAGAUGCUUCAGCCCAGCAACAGGCCGAUAUUUUCUCGAACCGCUACGCCCUCAGUCUCAGCCAUACUCAUGCGAUUGUUUGGCCGUACACGGAUCCCUCCCAAUCUCCCGAGACUUUCACAUUCACCCUCCCAUAUCCUUCAAAACAUUCAUCGGAACCCCUGCCAUUGGGUUGCCUCGUUUCCCCAUCGGCCUCAUCAACGGAGCCCGGGCUGGUUGUCGUUAUGCCCGUAAGUGGGAAAAUCGCGUACUGGGAAUCCAUCACGAGCGCUGCGACCUUGGACUUCAUGAAGAAACAGCGAAAUGGCGUGGAAGGAUCGAUAUCGGGCAUGUUUUCCGGUGAAAAGGUCAUACAAAUUACGAACGCCGAGUCCGCCGGAUUUGUUCUGGCCUUUAGCAGCGGCCGACUAGCCUACAUGAGCGUCCGAGACAGCCACGGCAGACCCACGAUUUCGGUCCAAUUCCUCCGGACAAACAUGGGAUCUACUACUGGCGGAAUUUUCGGCAGCAUUCGUCAUGCCUUGACACAGACUGCAGGGCGCGGAGACAUUGCUGCCGUUCGGGCAGAGCGCACUUCUCGAGUCGGCGAGCGUAACGUCGUCGCAGCUACGCUGAAGGGUAGGCUUCACGCCUGGAAUGUACACCGCGGUGGACACCAUGACACUAUUGUAGAAGCAGACAUGCUGGAGGAGAUCGUCCAGGCGAUUCGCGACGUCGACCCGUCGGCUACCGACUUCCAGCCGGAGACAUUCGAGGUUGUCGACUUUGCCUUCGUACCCAAGGGCUUGGAAGCAAAGUAUCGGGACAUGAGCAGACUCAGCAACGCCAUGGCCUCGGAAGACAAAAAUCUGCAGCAUCUCUUACUUCUCGUCAGCUUCACCAAGAAAAAGGAGUCGCAUUACUCUUUGGUCGAGGUCAUUCUCUCCCCAGCCUCCGCGCAAGUCGGCAUGGUUCGUCCGAUUUCCUCUUACAAAACACGAUUCAGUCCUGCGAACCCAGUACAGUCUACUCGGCCUCGGUUACAUCUCCCCCGACCGGCCCUUGUGGCAUUCGUCGUCUUCGACAAGGCGGUGGUUGUGGCAUCCAUUGGCAACCCUCCAGAAUCGCCAGAUGCCCAACUCCAGGAGGAUAACCACAUUAUUCCUCCUACCUACGAAGAUGUCAUCACUCUUUCCGACAAUAAUCAGUCAGAGAUUCUGGGAUCAGGCUUCGAAGAGCCCCAGACGGCGAACACUGGACAUGAGGAGUCGAGAUCUCGCCAAAAGACGAAGAACCCAGCAGUUGUUCUGAUGGUCCGUGGUACUGGUAUCGUGCGACUGACAACGACAGACAUAGACAGAUUUGGCAGUGACCAACCGCCACAGGUCACACCAAAGAGCAAGCUAGAGCAGGCUGUCUUUUUUGGGAACAAGCAAGAUACCCCCUUGAUUUUCGAUGGAAGGAAAGGCGUUCAAUUCUCGGAUGAGGAGGUGUCUGAAGCUGCACUACAACUCAGCCACGAGAUCAUGAGCUCGUCGACAUCGCAUAUCUCGACACUGCCGGCAUCUUUAGAAGACAAUCUCAGCACCCGCUGUCUCGCUCUCGAUCGGUUGAUGUCUCACCUCAAGACAACAAAGGUCAAGCUUGACCGUCGUACCCGUUGGCUCCUGCUCUCGCAUGCUGAGAAGAUGAUGGUGGCAACCAUUCUAUGGAAGCGCCAUGAGGCUUUCACAAAUGAGCGGCCCGCCAACGAUAAAAAGGAUCUGAUUGCCGAGAUCGUUGAGUUCAUCCAUCAAGACGAAAAGACGAACCCGAACCGCAGCGCAGGGGAAGUCGAUCGCGUCAGGCACUGGUUCGUUCACGACGUUGGUAAGCUCGAGAUCUUCAUUGCCUGGGCCUACGAAGUGAUCAAGUACAUGUACAAAGACCACAUCAUGAAUGAUAUCCACAUCACUCGACUCAUGUACGAGGCUCAGCAAGUCAAUUUGGUCGCCCUUAUGACGGCCCUGGAAUACCGGCAAAAGAAGCUUGCAUUCUACGGACUCGAAAACGAAGAGCUGCAAUUCGGCAUCUUGCGCGACAACUACGAUGGCCUCGCUGAACCCUGGACCGGAUGCCAUUACAUCUGCAACAACUUGAAGCGGCUGCUUGAGCUGAGCCACACGUGGCUUGAUCAAUACUAUCCGCCCAAGGAGAAGAUCAAGGACAAGACGAAGCAGCCGGAUCCUGUGCUCCUGGAGAAGAUCAACUCUGAAAUUGCAAAUUUGAGCGAUCUAUAUCUCGUGUCACUGCUCGAGGCAUCUCGAUGGAACGCUGUGCAGCAGGACGCAAAAGCGCAGAAGUGGUCAGAGCAUCUCACAAAGCUUUACGACUCGGAUCGGAAUGAUAAGGUUCUUUCACUUCUCCGCCUCGGUAAGUGGGACGAGAGUAUCAACAUUGCCGAGAAACACCGAUGCUGGAGAGCACUAGCUUUGGCCAUGAUCGAGCAGAUCAACAGUCUCAGAAGUGAGGCGACAGUGUCAAGGUCGCAAACCGAUGCUCGCGAACUCACUAAGCAAGCGGAGCUGAAAGAUAAGCAAAUCGGUGUUUAUUUUGACAAGUAUGGUGAAGCAUUCGCCUUCCCCACGUACGACAUUUUGCUAGACAACGCCGGUGUUCAGGCCGUGCUGGACUUCAGCCACGACAACCACGGAUACAGGACAAACUUCCUUCGCGCAAAACCUGAGCUCGCCAAAAUUUCGUGGAUCAACGACAUCCUACGUGAGCGCGACAUUGAUCAUGCGGCGGAGACUCUUCUCGACCUUGGUAUCACCCGAGAGCAGCAGGUCUGGAACAAGAAGAUUGAAUUGAGUCUCGGAAAGCUAGCUUUACUAGCUGAGUCUGAGAAGCCUGCCUCAUCCGAUCUUUUCGGCUUCAAGCAUGUAAACGUCGAGACCGAAGGAACAUCCGACGAGAAGAUUGAGAUUAUCGACGAUCAACUUCGUCUCAUCAAGAUCCAAGAUCAGCUCUACGCCCAGAUUUUCCCCUCUAUUCAUAUGGCUGUAGAUGACAGCGCCGAGCUGCAACUCGCCAUGGAAAACCACUGUCUUUACCUGCCAAAGAAGCAAAAAGCACUGAUCCAGGUCUUUGAGAGCAGCAUGAAACGGCUCCUUAAGCACGAGGCUCUUGAUGCCAUGUCUCUCAUCGACCUGCUUACUCUCAUUCAUCUACCAUCUGAGACGGCCGCCGACAUAGACGAUCCUUUCUAUCUAGCCCUCGAGGCCGCCUCAUUGGGUUUGAAGGGCGAAGAGUUGAAGACGGCCAGGCGUUUGAUCUGGAGACGCUGCUUCAUCCGUGAUGACUGGGCGAAGCUCAACGACACCCAGUUGAAGGACGAUUCGUUCGUUGGAGAGAAGUUGACUAGGACCACGCUCUUCAGUGCUUUCAUUUCCUGCUACCAAAAACAGAGACUCGACGAACCCUUCCAGCCAACCAGACCUUCCGAAGCGUUGGGCGCGUUCGUUGAGGACCUUGACAGCCGCUGGGCUAGUUGGGAGAAGUCUUACAGGGACAAGCUCCUGGACGCGAUGAAGUGGGAGGACUCGAUUCUGCGCAAGUACAUUGACAAGGCGCGUCUGGAGGAAUGGACUCGCACAACGGCGGAGUCGGCCGAGACGAUAGUUGCGGACUCGGUGGACGAGGCUACCAGGGCUGCCACGGAAGACCUCCCGGAUCUGCAAACGAAUGGUAAAGUGAAUGGUCUGCACUAG